AGCCCACCUUCUCCUGCUGUUACUGCUCUGACUCGCUUUUUGCUGCCUCUUUCCUCUCCUCUGUCUUGCUUAGCUCCCUGCGUUCUGAUACUACUCCCAGCAUGGAGAAUAAUCACUGUGAACAGCUCCCAGCAGAGCCAGAGGCAACCUCCCCAGGAGACAGUUCAUCAUCACCCAGUCAAAAUGGCCUGGAGAAGGACAGUGGUCAGGAUUCCUCAACUCCACUCCACGCACCAGGAAAAGAGGCAAGCGGGCACCCCGAUAUCUCUGAAGAGUUGAAUCGACAGCUGGAAGACAUCAUAAACACGUAUGGCCCUGCUGCCAGUACCGCUGGGGAAGAGGGCCCUGCCAAGGCCCAGGAGCGGCCUGAUAUUGCAGAAUCACCUGACAAUGAGGAUGUGGACUGUGAAGAAACCAAUGAAGAGGCUGAAAAAGACCCAGUUGCUCCCAGAGAGCCACACACAGUGAAAGAGCCCAUCAGCAACAAAGAGCAAAAAUUGGAAAAGAAAAUGCUGAAAGGAUUAGGCAAAGAAGCCAACCUGCUAAUGCAAAAUCUGAACAAGUUGCAAACACCUGAAGAAAAGCUUGAUUUUUUAUUCAAGAAGUAUGCUGAAUUGCUGGAUGAACAUCGCACUGAGCAAAAGAAGUUAAAGCUCCUACAAAAGAAACAGGCACAAAUCCAAAAAGAAAAGGACCAGUUACAAAGUGAACACAGCAGAGCUAUCCUCGCUCGCAGCAAACUGGAGAGUCUGUGCCGGGAGCUGCAGAGACACAACAAGACCCUGAAGGAAGAGACCCUUCAGAGGGCACGUGAGGAAGAAGAGAAAAGGAAGGAGAUCACAAGUCAUUUCCAGAGCACCCUGACAGAUAUCCAGGCUCAGAUCGAACAGCAGAGUGAGCGAAACAUGAAGCUCUGUCAGGAGAACACAGAGCUCGCAGAAAAACUGAAAAGCAUCAUCGAUCAGUACGAGCUCAGAGAGGAGCAUCUGGACAAAAUAUUUAAACACAGAGAACUGCAGCAGAAGCUGGUGGAUGCAAAACUCGAGCAGGCACAAGAAAUGAUGAAGGAAGCAGAGGAGCGCCACAAACGAGAAAAGGAAUAUUUGCUGAACCAGGCGGCAGAGUGGAAACUUCAGGCCAAAGUGCUGAAGGAACAAGAGACAAUUCUGCAGGCCCAGCUUACUCUCUACUCAGGAAGGUUUGAAGAGUUCCAGAGCACACUGACGAAAAGCAACGAAGUGUUUGCCACUUUCAAACAGGAAAUGGAUAAAACAACAAAGAAAAUGAAGAAGCUGGAAAAGGACACAGCCACAUGGAAAGCCCGGUUUGAGAGCUGUAACAAGGCUCUCUUGGACAUGAUCGAAGAGAAAGCGCUGAGAGCUAAAGAAUAUGAGUGCUUCGUGAUGAAAAUCGGGAGACUAGAGAACCUCUGUCGUGCUUUACAAGAAGAGAGAAAUGAACUCUACAAAAAAAUCAGAGAGGCAAAAAUGUCUGAAAAGGAUGACCCAAGUCAGCACACCUCCGAUGAAGAGCCAGAGUCAAAUGUCUCUGUGGUUGAAGAGAUUGGUGCAGAGGAGGCCAAGCGUGUGCAAAACGCCGUGGAAAAUCUGGCCAUGGCCUUCAUGGUAAUUCAUCAUCCAGAGUCAACCCCACAACAGUCCAAAGAAACCCAACUAGAAUUCGGCAGUCCUCAUGGGAGCGGUGACACUGCCCUCAAGGAGCCAGAGCAACCCCAUCUGGUCAAUUCAGGGGAGUCAGAGAGUCCCCAGCCUCCCUCCACUGCUCAGGCUGAAGCCCCAGAAGGCCAUGAGGCAGAACCUCCCUCCAAGACCAGUAAUCCCCCUGCUGGGUCAGAAGCAGAAGCCCAAGGCGAGGGUCUCCCUGCUGGAGCACAGGCUCAGCAGCAGUCCUGCAAGCCAGGGGCAGAAGCUUCGGGUCAGGCCCCUCAGUCCCCAGCAGAGGCCCCCCUACAGGGGGUGGAGGAAAGUGGUCCUGCCCCACCAUCCCCAGCAUAUGGGCAGGGGCCAGCUGGGGUACCUGGAGGUGAGCCCAGUAGGCAGCUCCCUCCGGCAGCAGCAGAGGAUCUACCCCCAGGGGCCUCGGACAUGCCCCAGCUGCCUGAAGUGACCGACACCAAUCUGGAAGGCGUAGACUAG